ACAGCUGCUCCCACAACAACCACUGUGGCUCCCACUACAACCACAGCGGCUCCCUCUACAACCACAGCUGCUCCCACUACAACCACUGUGGCUCCCAAAACAACCACAGCGGCUCCCACAACAACCACAGCUUACCUCACAACAACCACAGAAGCUCCCACAACAACCACAGCGACUCCCAAAACAACCACUGUGACUCCCACUACAACAACAGAGGCUCCCACAACAACCACAGAGACUCCCACUACAACCACAGCGGCUCCCACUACAACCACAGCGGCUCCCACUACAACCACUGCGGCUCCCACUACAACCACAGCGGCUCCCACUACAACCACAGCGGCUCCCACUACAACCACAGCGGCUCCAUCUACAACCACAGCUGCUCCCACAACAACCACUGUGGCUCCCACUACAACCACAGCGGCUCCCUCUACAACCACAGCUGCUCCCACUACAACCACUGUGGCUCCCAAAACAACCACAGCGGCUCCCACAACAACCACAGCUUACCUCACAACAACCACAGAAGCUCCCACAACAACCACAGCGACUCCCAAAACAACCACUGUGACUCCCACUACAACAACAGAGGCUCCCACAACAACCACAGAGACUCCCACAACAACUACAGCGGCUCCCACAACAACCACAGCGGCUCCCACUACAACCACAGCGGCUCCCACUACAACCACAGCGGCUCCCACUACAACCACAGCUGAUGUUAUAACAACGACAUCAGCUCCCACUACGACCACAACAUAUCCCACUACAACCACUGCGGCUCCCACUACAACCACAGCGGCUCCCACUACAACCGCAGCUGCUCCCACUACAACCACAGCGGCUCCCAGUACAACCGGCUCCCACUACAACCACAACGACUCCCUCAACAACCACAGCGACUCCCACAACAACCACAGCGGCUCCAAAUACAACCACGGUGUCUCCCACUACAACAGCUCCCAUAUCAACAACAAAAGCUGA